CAUUUUUAACCUAGAAAAUGCUUGUUCUCAAAGUUUAUUUCUUUUAUAAUUAAGAGAUGUUCUAAUAUAAAUGUUUAUCGUUCAUUUAAUUAAAUAAUUAUAGUGGAAAUUAAAAUAGUCAAAAAUAUCGUCCCAGAAUGUAUAUACGUAAUAAAAUAAAGUGAAAUGUAAUGCUGGUUACACAAAAUUAUAUCUGUAAAGAGAUUAUAACACGUGAAAAUUUGCAAUUUGAAAUGGCAUUGUAUCGUGUUAAUAUGAAUGUAACACCCCUAAUUUAUAAUACUUAUUAUAAGUUUCACGUUAAUAUGAACAAAUUACAUUUUUUAAAAGGACAAUCAAUAAAAAAUAAACAAUUUCCAUUAAAAUAUAUUUCUACGCAGAGGAAUGGUUCAUUAAAAAAAAUAAUCACAGAAGUGUCUCAUUUGCAAGAAUACAUAACAAAAAGAAAAUCCCAAGCACUAAAAAGUAUAUUAGUUCAAAUUGAAUCAAUGAAAUCGUACAAAGAUCUUAUAAUUUAUUGUUCUCAAUUUGGCCCAGUGGAAAACGUAUAUUGUUAUACAUUACCAAAACAACAUCAAUUCGUUCUACUUGAAUUUAAAAACUUACAAGCUGUUCGGAAUAUCUGUGAGAAUGCAACAUUCAUAGAUAAUUAUAUUCCUAGUAAAACAAAUGUGCUAUGGUUUCGUAAAGUAUCAAACGACAAAAUGAAAUUACAUAGUAAAUUUUCUGCAUCUAAGUAUAUAAUAUCUAAACCUCUACUAGUAAAAGAAAAUAUUAUUAGAGAUUUAAUUGGAACUUCGUCUUCGAUAUCAGAUCAAAUGGUAACUUUAUAUAAUGAAUACAAAUUAGAUGAAUUAGAAAUAAGAUUAAAAUUUCUAACUAUUGUUCAAUUAGAACAUUCUUUUGCCAGUUUAUUCCCAAAUAUAAUUAUACAUCCCUUUGGUUCUUUUAUAAAUGGUUUUGGAAAAAGACUGUCCGACCUUGAUUUGAUUUUUUUUGUAGAUGGUCUUAAAGUGGAAAAUUUAUCAAGCAGAUUGGUAUUUCAUGGGAAAUCAACUAUAAUGAAUGAAAAGGAACAAGUGCUUGUAUUUAUGGGAGUAAUAGCAGAUACAAUGAAAUACAUUAUACCUGGUAUAUGUAACGUAAGAAAAAUUUUUAAUGCUCGAGUUCCCAUAAUCAAAUUCCAUAACUUGUUUACAUAUACAGAGUGUGACUUGAGUAUGAGUAAUGUCAUUGCCACAUAUAUGUCGGAGCUACUAUUUUUAUAUGGUGAAUUAGAUAGUAGAGUAAAACCACUCGUAUUUACAAUUCGAAAAUGGGCAAAAGAUAAUAAAUUGACGAAUAUCUACCCAGGAAAAACGAUUACAAACUUUUCAUUGACUCUAUUAGUAAUAUUUUAUUUACAACAAAUAAAUAUAUUACCUGUCAUAAAUAAAAUGACGACUUAUUCAGAAAUAACAAGUGAAUAUCAACAAGAUCUAAAGAAAGUAUAUAUGCAUUAUUCAUCAGAUGAUUCAAUAUCAUAUACGACUAAUAAUGCAGAUUUAGGAAGUCUUUUAAUAGAUCUUUUUCGAUUUUAUAGUGAUUUUAAUUUUAAAGCAAAGCAAAUUUGUCUGCAAACAGGUGUUGCAGUUGAAUCGAAGCAUGAUUCAGCACUAUAUAUACGUAAUCCAUUUGAAGAAGGAUUAAAUGUUAGUAAAAAUGUUAGUUUUGACGAAGUCCAACGCAUAAAAACAUCAAUGUUGAUAGCAAUUACCAAUCUUCAAAAUACUGAACAUUUGAAGUCAAAAAAAUGGGGUAUUCUAUCUAUAUUAAAUUUUUCUGACCCGUACAACAGUGGUAUUAAUAUGUCAGAAAUACUUUAUAAAGAAGUAAAUAAAGAAAAUACUGAAAAUAAUGAAAUAGUUAAAAGUACUGAAGAAAAAAAUGUUAAUACUACAUUAAGUACAAAAACUACAAAUGUUAUCACCAAUAAAGAUAUUGUAUCUCAAAAAUAAAGUAAAUCUAGAUAUUGUUAAUGUUGUUACCUGACAAAGAACUGUGUAAAAUAUUGCACUACACUGUUUCUUUUUUAUAUUAGUAUGUAAAUAAAUGUAAAAUGCAGUAUAAUGUUAAAAAAUAA